CGUUUCUUAUAUUAGUCGUACUCCAUUUUACAACCAGUCUGCUGCUUGAGCCACACAUUUUUUAAAAUAGCUUGAAUAAUUCCUGAACUUUAAGAAGGCAGAAAUUUUUGAAGAUUUUUCGUUGUUGACAUACAAAAGUGAUUAUCCCGUUUGUUUCAUUAAUUUAAAGUUUGCAAUUCUUUUAGUUAACGAAACAUAUCGCGAAAACACAUGACACCAACAGAAACUAGAGUAGAAUCCGGAUAUUAUGACUUUGGAUAGGAAAGGACGGUUCUUUGAACCUGCUCUUCUUUUUAGCAUCGCUGAAUUUGAAGAAUCAGACAGUCAUAUGUCUGGAAAUGAGGACAGUUCACAGAAAUCCUCAUUCCCUGUAACUUGUACAGUUGUUAAUGGAAGUGAUUGGUUUAAGUCAUUACAACAGAAAACUCCCAGUACAUCUGAGUGUCAGAUUGAUAAUUCAGAGAUAGAAGAUUCUGCCAAGAAACAAAAGAAAUAUUCAAGAAAUGGCUUAGCAGAACAGUUUAGGCAACUUCAGUUGAGAGAUAAAUCAGCAGUUAAGAUAUGGCAUCAUCAAGGCAAACCAUCAGCUAAACAAGAUUCCAAAUCAAUUCAGCUCCAAGUGAUAGGUUUUGAAAACCUUUACUCUAUGCACCUAGUAAAAUGUGUUCUAUGUAAGAAUAAAGAAGCUAGCCAGACGGGUUCAGAUUUGAAAAAAAGUGAUGUGAAAGAUAGGAGGAAAGGUGAUAUACUGUCAUCUAAGAAAUCUCAAGAUGAGGGCACUUGCAACAAGAGACUUGUAAUGUUUCCUGCCAGCCAAUCAGAACAGUUGAACCUGCAAAUUGGAAGUCAAUUUAAAAUAUUUCCACCAUGGCAGAAACUACAGUUAAAUGAUGGGCAGCAAAUAUUACUGUGUACAAAAUAUUGUCAUAUUGUACAACAACCUGAUAAUACCCCAGUUACGUUACCUUCCAGUGAUGUUGAUAAACUGACAAAUGUUGUCACAGCUUCAUGGAAUUGUCCAUGUGUUCAUGGGUUACAGUGUUCUCAAACACUUUGUCCUGCAUAUCAGUUUCCAUCAACACUAGGACAGUUUCAGGAAACUGUACCUGCUAAAAAGAGAAGCUCCGCACGGGGAAAAGGUUCAAACUCCAAUUUGCUCAAAUCAACCACCAGUCAUUUAUUCACUAUCUCUUCUAAACCAUGUGAACCUUCCAUAUCUAAAACAGGAAGUAGUUCAAAGGAUCCUGACAUUUGUGACUCCCUAUUAAAGAGUAUUGAGUCAUGUAGGACAGCUGUAGAUGGUGGGGGAGAUGGUUAUAGUGGGACAGUAUCAUUUAGCGGACAUGUUCAUAGGGCAGUCACUGUUAGAAAUGACAGUUCUAAAACAAGAUAUCACCUGUUGGUAGAAGAUAAAUGUGGAAGUAUAUGUGAAGUACAACUAUCAACAAAGUCUUUGGCCAGAGCUGGUUUAACUACAAAUUCCUGUGAGAAUAAUACAUUUAAAUUCUCCGGCCUUGCAGUAUGUGAAAGAUUAAUCAGGGAUAGAAAUGAACGUCUGUUUACAAUGGUGGAUAGUGUGUGGUCUGGUAAACAUGUUGUGGACCGUCAAGAUAGUUCAGACUCCCAGAAUUUGUUGGGCCGUUUGGCUGAACCUCCAGAUUUCUGUUACAUUCUUCAAGAGACGAAUAUGUCACCAUUUACCAUUAAGAAAUGCUCCAGUAAUAUCCUACCUUGUAAAUCUCCUGUAUAUAUACAACUGUCGGAGAUGUUGAAAUCAGAGGCCAUGAGGAGAGCAUCAUGUGUUGUUAAAGUGUUCUAUAUACAUUUAAAGGAAAAAGUAACAAUAUUACAUGUAACAGACUACAGUUUGGACAGUCAACAAUCAUACAGUAUGAUACACGUCUCUAAUGCCUGUGAUUUCUUUACUAAAGCUUCAACACUGUCAGAGAGGGUUAUCCUCAUACUUCGAGAUUUAUUUGUCAGGAAUGGAGAACUACAUGCUGAUGAAUAUACCAGUAUAUCUCUAUCAAAUGACAUGUUAAACGUUGAUGCUUCACUUAGUAGAGAAAUAAGUAGAUUACAGCAGGUGUCCAUUGAUGUAACAGAUAUACAUAAAGGUGUCACCGAAGAUGCUCUAUGGAUCAUUAAAGACGAACCUGUUGACUGCUUUAAUACACAAGACACAGCUAACCACACUGUAGAAAGUGGUGGUAACCUAGGUGAUGAAAUUCAAGAGGAAGAAGAUAUAGCUGAUAUUUUGACUGACUCAGAUUUUAAGAUAAGUGACCUUGAAUCAGAUGAUAUCUCAUCGUGUAUGUCAGAUGAAGAGGAGGUUCCUGUAAGUCCAAGAAAAAGAAAGAGUCAAGGAACAGUUUCAGAUGGUAAAACAAAUCCACUGUCAGAUCAUCUAAGUGACAAUGAUGAAAAUAACACCACAUCAACGGGAGGCUUGAAUACAUUAGAGAAAAAUAAUCAAGCACAAACUCAGAAAAAGAUUAAAGUCCAGGAAGCGGGUAAAGCAAAGACCAAACGGUUACAAAGGAGGCAGGCUUGCAUCUACUGUGGCAAUCUUGUCCUAAAACUGUCUAGACAUUUGUCCAUGCAACAUGCAGAUAAAACUGAAGUGGCUAGAAUUUUGAAUUUAAAGAAAAAUUCCAAAGAAAGAAGGAAUGCUUGGAUCAGACUGGCAUCAAAGGGCAACUUUGUUCAUAACCAGAAAGUAAAAGAAAAGGGAUCUGGAAUCCUUCUAACAAGAUACAGGAAAGUUAUUGAUACAUCAGACUUGCCAUGUGAUAAGAAAGUCAUUAAAAAAUCAAAUUCGAGUCUUUUGCCAUGUGAUAAGAAAGUUACUGAAAAAUCAGAUUCGAGUCUUUUGCCGUGUGAGUAUUGUUUAACCUAUAUUACUGAUAAAGACAUGUGGAACCACCAUAGAAGCUGCAUUUCUAAACCUAAAAAUGUGAGAAGUGAUGGCCGUAUUCGUGAUGGUAGACUUCUUUUGCCAAAACAAUGCUCAGAACAACUUUUUAAAGAUGUAGUUUCCAAGUUAAGGGAUGAUGACGUAACAUCAAAAAUAAAAUCAGAUGCACUUAUUUUAGAAUUUGGACAAAGACUCUACAGUAAGUAUGAAUAUACCCAGCAAUAUAUUAGCCAGAGAUUACGCGAGUUGGCAACAUGUGUGAUUGGCAUUCACAAACAGGAUAUAACAGUGACGGCUUUAGGUGAUGUAAUAACUCCAGCUAAAUGGGAUACACUCACAGAAACAAUUAAGAAAGAGGCAGGAUUCGAUGUAAAAACACAAGAGUAUGAAAACCCCUUGUUUGCAAUUAAAUGCGGACAAAGUUUAAAAAAAUGUGCAAAAAUAUUAAAAAACACACGCAAUGCAUAUGAGGGGGAAAUAUCAAGAGAAAGAGCUGUGCGGUUCCUUGAAAUGUAUGAAGACGAAUGGGAUGAGGUGGUUGGUGUUGGAGCAAGAAAAAGCCUGGAUGCUAAAAAGUAUGAUAAAGUGAAACUUCUGCCACUAGUUGAAGAUGUAAUGAAACUCUCAAAGCAUAUUGAAACAGAGAUUGAAAAGGUGAAAAGUACAGAUAACGAGAAUGCUAUGGAAGAGGCAUAUGUUAGAAUGUGUAAGCUUACACUUGCUCAAGUCAUUCUGUUUAACAGGCAGAGAGCUUGCGGAGCACAACAUAUUACUAAAGAUGAUUUCAGCAAAGCUUCUUUUAAUGUCCAUGUGGAUGAAGAUGAUAAGAACUGUUUAUCAAAAUUUGAACAAGAAUUAUGUGAGUCUCAUCUAAGAGUUGAAACAAGAGGAAAACAUGGGAAAAAAGUGACAAUUCUAUUUACAUGUGCUAUGCAGGAAAAUGUUAAGUUUAUUCUUAGCUUGCAUGAUUGCCUUGGUUGCAGCUCUAGGUACCUUUUUGUACCUCUUCAGGGGUUAACACCAUACCGUGGAACACGAGUGUUACGGGAAAUAGCACAUGAAACUGAAAUGAUGUAUGUAAGCAGGAUCACUUCUAAUACGCUCAAAAAGCAGCUUGCGACAUUGUUUCAAGUAUUGUGUCUAAUUGAAAAUGAUCAAGACAUUCUGUCAAAGUUUCUUGGCCAUGACAUUAGAAUUAAUACACAUUGUUUACCUGAGGGAAUGGUGGAAGUUGCAAAAGUGGCAAGGCUUCUUCACUUGAUGAACAAUGGGAAAAUCUCCUCAGUUGCUGGAAAGGCCCUUGAUGAUAUUGAUGUUGAUUUACCUUUAGAGGAUGAAACUGAAUCAGAAGAGGACGAUACAAAUGAUGUUGCCCCCACACCAACAUCGGCUAACAAACAAGGUACAUUACCAACACCAGCUAACAAACAAGGUACAUUACCAAUAUCGGCUAACAAACAAGGUACAUUACCAACAUCAGCUAACAAACAAGGUACAUUACCAACAUCGGCUAACAAACAAGGUACAUUACCAACAUCAGCUAACAAACAAGGUACAUUACCAAAACCUGCUAACAAACAAGGUACAUUACCAACAUCAGCUAACAAACAAGGUACAUUACCAACACCAGCUAACAAACAAGGUACAUUACCAACAUCAGCUAACAAACAAGGUACAUUACCAACAUCGGCUAACAAACAAGGUACAUUACCAACAUCAGCUAACAAACAAGGUACAUUACCAAAACCUGCUAACAAACAAGGUACAUUACUGACACUAGCUAACAAACAAGGUACAUUACCAACAUCAGCUAACAAACAAGGUACAUUACCAACAUCGGCUAACAAACAAGGUACAUUACCAACAUCAGCUAACAAACAAGGUACAUUACCAAUAUCGGCUAACAAACAAGGUACAUUACCAAAACCUGCUAACAAACAAGGUACAUUACCAACAUCAGCUAACAAACAAGGUACAUUACCAACAUCGGCUAACAAACAAGGUACAUUAUCAACAUCGGCUAACAAACAAGGUACAUUACCAACAUCGGCUAACAAACAAGGUACAUUACCAAAACCUGCUAACAAACAAGGUACAUUACCAAAACCUGCUAACAAACAAGGUACAUUACCAAUAUCGGCUAACAAACAAGGUACAUUACCAAAACCUGCUAACAAACAAGGUACAUUACCAACAUCAGCUAACAAACAAGCUAACAAACAAGGUACAUUACCAACAUCGGCUAACAAACAAGGUACAUUACCAACAUCGGCUAACAAACAAGGUACAUUAUCAACAUCGGCUAACAAACAAGGUACAUUACCAACACCAGCUAACAAACAAGGUACAUUACCUACACCAGCUAACAAACAAGAUACAUUACCAACAUCGGCUAACAAACAAGGUACAUUACCAACACCAGCUGACAAACAAGGUACAUUACCAACACCAGCUAACAAACAAGUGGAUGAAGUUGAAUCAGAGGAGGACAAUGUAAAUGGUGUUGUCUCCACACCAACACCAGCUAAGAAACAAGGUACAUUAACAACACCAGCUAAGAAACAAGGUACAUUACCAACACCAGCUAACAAACAAGGUACAUUACCAACACCAGCUAAGAAACAAGGUACAUUACCAACUCUAGCUAAGAAACAAGGUACAUUACCAACACCAGCUAAGAAACAAGAUAUGAAAGGGUCAUGUACAUACACGUUAAGGUCAGGACAGAAAAGAAAGGUUGAGCAGGAUAAAGUUGAAAAUGAUAAUGACAGAGAUGAAACAUUGCAACCUCCUGCAACAAAGAAGAAAUUAUGUCACAGGGGGAAUUUAGUUGAGUGGGAUGAAGUUGAAUAUGUUGAUGACAGCGCAGAUGAGACAUGGCAGCCGCCUGACACAAAGAAAAAAUCAUCACUGAUAUCUGAAUCUUCAAGUGCAACUGAUUCAGAAGAUGCAGAAGAUCAACAUAAAGAUCAACAUGCAACAACCAGUAGGGAGAAAAAUAAAAGUAAACAGAUGCUAACAGCUUCGAAGACAAAGUCCCCUGGUAAAAAGAAACCUGAGAGAUACUGUUUGUAUUGCAAGAAAAUGGUUUUUGGUGGUAAACUGAAAAGACACAUCAUCAGGAAGCACAAAAGCAAUCAAGAAGUACAAUAUAUUUUAAAACAAACAAAAGCAGUGCAAAAUCAAUUUUUUAAUCAAAAAAGAAAAGAAGGCAUUUAUGAGUUUAACAUAGAGCAAUUAUCUCACGGCAAUGAACCAACCAUGCGUGAGAGGAAUGUAAAAUGUGAAGACAAACUGAGGGUUUGUCUUGAUUGUAAAGGGUAUUUUGGAAACAAGUAUUUUUACAAACAUAAAUGCUUGGUGGACAAACCGGAGCCAUUGAAGCCUGUAUUACUACAAAAACAAUCAAAUGAAGACACUGCAUUCUUGGACAUCCUGAACCGAUUUCGGGAUGGAGAAAUUGGGGACUUGUGUAGGACCAACCAAACAAUAAAAAUGUUUGGGUACAGACAUUUCUGUCUAAGGAGACAUGAAGAAGGAAAACAAGUUGAGGUGAGGAAAGUAGUCAUGGCGGAAAUGAGGGGACUUGCCAAACUAUUUCAAAUGUUUAAAACAAUAGUUGGAGAACACAAAACUGUUGAAGACAUGUUCCAAAGAUGCAAUUUGAGUGAUCUAGUCAAGGCUAUUAGUUUGGUAGUUACAAAAGAUGAUUAUAAAACUGAAAAACAUGGAAAGAAAUUCUUUUUAGAUGGGGUGAUUCUAAGAUCAGUUAAGACCUUAAAUGGUCAUUACAGUGUAACUAUGCAAGAUGAAAAAAGAAAGGAAUUAAAAAACUUCAAGGCAGCAUACAAACAUAAAUCAAGUGAGAUUUUCCUCAAACCUAGACAAACAAGUUUUGCAAAUUCAUUGGAAAAAACAUGCAAGCCUUCAAACUUACCAUUGGAAUCAACAUUGAAAGACCUGAAACAGUUUAUCACUGAAGAAACCACCACAGUUGUGAACAAAGCAGACAAAGAUAGGAGUCCAGACUGUUCAGCAGCCAGUUCCAUGCCAGUAUUGCAUAUUGAUAGUGAUCAACAAUCAUCAGGGUCCAUAUCGGAGGAUUCUAUGGAGUUGGAGGAUGAUUCUUCUGAUACAGAAAAUAACUGCAACAGUGUUUUAGUCCCUGAGAUUCAUCGGACUGAGGACAACGAUGAUUCCGACUCGUCAGAGUUUUCCGAUAUUGCAGAACAAUUUUCGGCACAUAUGACAAAGAAAGGUUCAAACACUUUAAAGAAAGGGAAAAAAGGAAAUAAAAAGUGUCUGGCAGAUACAACUAAAACUUCAGAAAGGCCUUCAAGUGGAGUGAAAGUGCAAUUUACUAACAGUAAAGAUGGUAAAAAGAAAUAUGAUAAGCUUCAAUUUUGCUUAUAUUGUGGUAAAGGCUCAACUAGUGUAAGAAGGCAUUACCUUCUUCUCCACAAAACUGAACCUGAAGUAAAACAAAUUCUUGACCAACCUUUGAACUCAUCUGAGAGAAAAUUAAAGUUGCUGAAAUUACGGCAUGCUGGGAACUUUAAACAUAAUACUGAAGUUUUGGAAAAAAACGAGGGACUUCUAGUCACAUCAACUAAGUCUUCAAAUGCAACAUCCCCCGAAGACUAUCUGCCAUGUAAAAGUUGUUUGGGUUUCUAUUACAAAGCAAAUUUGUGGCGACAUAGAAAAGCAUGUCCAUUUGCAAAGGAUAUCAAAAAAUGGAGUAAAGUUCAAGCUGAGGCCUAUCUUCUUUUACCUUUUCCAGUUCAAGUCAGUAAAGGUCUAAAGGAAAAUAUAUUUGGUAAGAUGGUUGUAGAUGAAGUCACAGUAGCAGCUCGUCAAGAUAGACUUAUUGUUAGGCUGGGAGAAAAUCUUUAUCAAAAGUAUAGAAAUUAUCCUCAUCUUUAUCAACUUGUCAGCCAGAAAAUGAGAGAGUUAGCACGGUUGCUUAUAAGGGCAAGAAAGCAUGACUCUGAUAUUUCAAGUUUUUAUGACUUGAUUAAUACUGACAAGUUUCCAGUUGUUGUUGCAGCAACCAAAUCAUUGUGCUCAUUUGAUGAAAAGUCAAACAAAUAUGGAAAUCCAUCAUUGGCUUUAAAACUUGGCCAUACAGUCAAAAAAUGUGCUAGGAUAUGUAAAAGGGAAUCCCUAAUUUCUGGCAAUACUGAUUCAAUAAAAAGAGCCAAGGAUUUUCUUUUAAUUUGUGAAGGUGAAUGGACAGGGGAAAUUUCAAGUAUGGCACUUCAAACCUUGUCUUCGAAUAAAGUUAAUAAAAGACAGAAUCUGAUGGUAACUCUAUCUCAGGACAUGGUGAAGUUACAUCUUUUCUUUCAAAAGAAAACCGAAGCACUGAGAAAAAGCUUAGAAGAGUCACCGUCAUUCUCAAAAUCUGACUGGGAACUACUUAAUCAAAUAAGUCUGGCUCAACUAGUUCUUUUUAAUAGGAGUCAUGCUGGAGAAACUCAGAGAUUAACUGCUGAAGUUUACAUGACUGGAACGAAAUCAGAAACUCCACCUGAAGAAGUUGGAAGUUUAAUGAGUAGUACUGAAAAAGCGCUGUUGGCCACAGUUCCCAGAGUAGAUAUCCCUGGGGUCAAAGGGCAGACUGUGCUUAUUUUCAUUCCUCAUUCUAUUGGGAAAAACAUAGAUCUUCUUUUGAAGUGGCGAAGUCAAGCUGGUGUGCACAAAGACAACAAAUAUCUGUUUGCCAGACCAAACUUUAGUUGCACUACUCCACUUAAUACUUCAUUUGUCCUUAAAAAGUUUGCAACAGAGGCUAAUGUAUCAUCACCUCUGAAUAUCACAAGUAUCAAACUUAGAAAACAAGUGACGAUUGUUUCUCAGAUUUUAAAUAUGGAGGAAAAUGAUCUUAAAACCUUAGAAACUGUUAUGGGACAUGACAUCAAAGUGCAUGGGUCAUUUAGUCGCCUGCCACAAGAACCUGAUUUGGUUGCUAGGAUGGGUCUGCUCUUAAUUGCAUUCAAUAAUGGAACAAUUAACCAAUUUACUGGAAAAAUCUGUUUAGGGCAUUUCAUUGAUGAAGUAAAUUUUCGUUUUUAUGGUCCUGUUUUUCUUGUAAUUUUUGUAGUUGGUAACUUGAGCAGUGAUAGUGAAGUUGAUGAAGAUAAAGAUGAAAAUGAAGUUGAUGAAGAUAAAGAUGAAAAUGAUGUCAAUGAAGAUAAAGAUGAAAAUGAUGUCAAUGAAGAUAAAGAUGAAAAUGAUGUCAAUGAAGAUAAAGAUGAAAAUGAUGUUAAUGAAGAUAAAGAUGAAAAUGAUGUAAAUGAAGAUAAAGAUGAAAAUGAUGUUGGUAAUAACGAUGACAGUGGAGGUGAUUGUCAUUUGCAUGUAGCUGAAAGCAGUAAAGCAGAAAUCUCAUCGACGCCUGCCAGAUCAAAACGCGUAUUAUCAUCAGGGUUCAGAGCAAGCAGUAGCUCGAUGAGAUGUGAAGAUAACGAUGACGAGGAGUUCCAGACACAAGGACAGAAACAGAGAAAAACUGAAGUUUCAGUAAAAUGGUCUGCAAAAGACACCAGUUUGCUCCGGAAAGAGUUCAAAGAUUGCAUUUUCUCCAGAAGUGACCAGGAAGACUGCAAGGGAAGUUUGCCAAGUAAACAACAAAUAAUCAGUGUCAUCCGCAAAGGAGUAAUUGAAUCUGUUAGGGGAUUGCCUGAGGAGGUACAAUACCUUAAGAUCCGAACAAAAUUGUUCAACGAGCGGAAGACUGUUAGAAUGCACACAACCCAACAUUUGAAGAAACUGUGCUUAAAAAAAUGAGAUAUGUACGAUCUCAGGCACUGGCUGGGUGCCUAACUUCAGACAAUACCCAAAUCUUAGACACCUGACACCUUUAAUUAUGCAUCAGAAAAUAAGUGCUUUUAAAGAUAAGAGUUGCUUUUAUUUAGUUGACAUUGUUUUUUUUACUUAUUUUAAAUUGUCUGUGUAUGUUAAUAUUUAUAUACAUGUAUAUAGAACUCUGGAAAUGGUCUCCAUUAAGAUGAGAAAUGGGAAGAUAUGAAAAUAUUCCUUAAAGUUAGCAGUUGUGCCAUAUUUGAAAGGUUAAUGUUUUCAAUUAAAUGCAUGUACUAUUUCACUGCCAUUCUUAUCAACAUCUCAAAAAAGGACCUUAUUUUUAAAGUUAUAUAAGCUUAAUGCCUCUUUUCAUACUUUGAGUGAUGUAGAUAAAUUGAUAUGUGUGCUCUCACAUGAGAAUUUGUUAAAAGACACUGCUAUAUUCUGUUUUAUCAUUUGAAAGCCCUAACUAACCUCCAGUAUAAGAAGAAAUGUAUGUACUAUGCACAUAGGUUACACAUGCCCUUUUUAGCUCGACUAUUCAAUAAGAAUAAGUAGAGCUAUUGCAGUCACCCGAGCGUCAGCGUCUGCGUCGGCGUAACCACUUAUGUUAAAUUUUUUGUAUUAGUUCAAAUAUGUUCAAAGUCCAUUGACAUAUGGCUUUGAAACUUUGCACACUUGUUCACCAUCAUGACCCCAACCUGUAGACAGGAGGAGGUAACUCUAUCAAGCAUUUUGACAGAAUUAUGCCCCUUUUUCGUCUUAGAAUUUAUGUUAAAGUUUUUGUAAUACAAAUGUACCUUAUAAAUUUUCCAAGUCCAUUGACAUAUGGCUUUGAAACUUUGCACACUUGUUCACCAUCAUUACCCCAACUUGUAGACAGGAGGAGGUAACUGUAUCGAGCAUUUUGACAGAAUUAUGCCCCUUUUUCGACUUAGGAUUUAUGUUAAAAUUUUUGUAAUACCUCAAAUAUUUUCAAAGUUCAUUGACAUAUGGCUUUGAAACUUUGCACACUUGUUCACCAUCAUUACCCCAACCUGUAAACAGGAGGAGGUAACUGUAUCAAGCAUUUUUUUUUACUAUCAAUCACUAAGAAUAGUCGAGCGUUGCUGUCCUACCGACAGCUCUUGUUACUAAUAGUAAAAAUACUGUAUAGAUGAAAUGUUGUUUAGAAUACUUUUGUAAAGGCUAAGGAUCAUGAUUCUUAUAGAUGCUGAUGGGUGAUUGCUACACUGAAAAUAAGUUAUUGCUUUAUGUUUUCCUUUUUCGGGUUUAAUAGUUUGAAUUAUAUUAUCACACCCAUAGCUCUUGAGUUUAAAUAGUCUGAAACAUGAUCCUUCACCUGCUAAGCUAGUACUAAACCUUUUUAAACUCAAAAUAGAUUAGAUACUUUUUAAGUGUUAUUAAACUAUUUUAAGGCUUCAAUAUAGUAUUAAUAUAUUAUGAUUUUAUACAUUUAUGUAGUCAACAUAAUCAUGAUGUCUCUUAAAACUCUUUGAAGAGUGGCUAUGUAUAAUCUUAUUUGAUUUUUUUAUGCUAUUGAAAUGUCAUGAGUACAUUGAUGAGACUGAAAUAAACAAUGUGUUGUGUAUUCUGUAUUUAUGGUCUAAGUAUUCAUUCAAUUCAUUCUAAUUAAAAUUAACCACUGAUAAACAGUGAAAGAAUUAUAAAACAACACAUCCGAAGUAGUCCCAAAUGUCAAUGCUUAACGCACAGUGAAUGUUCGAACCAAGCCGAAAAUUAAAUGCUAUUUUAUGCUCCCUGAAGGGAGAGCAUUAUAGUUGUCCGUCUGCUUCUUGUCGGAAGUGUAACUUCAAUGAUCACACAAUGAUGGGGACCAAUAAGAGGAAGUGUAGUGCCAAAGAAGUUGCUCGGAACUUUAAACACAAAAGACUUGUUAAAAAUAAAUAACUUACCCCUAGACGUGGCUUGCGCGCCGCAUACUCAAACCUUGGGCAAUCGUGAAUAUGACGUGCUUCUGCUCUUGCCACAUCCUACCAAAUUAUUCACACAAAAAAAAAAACAGGAACGUGGCCUUCAAAAAAUGUACGAACAAAAAAGACGCACAGGGCUUGUGACCAUAGCAUUAGAAAUGUAAAUAUUGUCUAUGUAGAAUUUUAAAGGCAUAUGAGGCAUUUUUUUUUGUGUAUUAUGUUGAAUAAUUACAAAGACAAUUAUACAUGUAGAAUAAAUUUUCACCAUACCUACAACAAUAGAUUGUGAAUUGGUAAUGAAUUGCAUCAGGUGCGGAUUUAUGCAUGGCAGACGUCUCGCAACACUAAAACAACCAUGCCUAGCCUUCACGUCCAUUCUUACAAUUACUUUAUUUACGACAACCAUCUGUAACUUUUUAUUAUUUAUAUGAAAGUAAUAAUAGAAAAAAACACCUGCAAUAUAAAGCACCUGUGUUGCAUGCUUAUCGUCUGCAUUAUAGUAAUAAUCUUGUAUUAUGGUUCGUUAACCAUAUAAUUAUUUUCUGACAAAAUUAGUGUUAUCCAAAUUGAUAUUUAUUUCUUUUAAAUAACAUUAUAUGAUAUGUUAAAAAAAGUCAUGACCACUUUACUCAUAGUUACAUUUUUUUUUUUCAUUUUUUUAUUGCACACUACUGAUAGCUCAGUAAGCACUGGUACAAAAUAUGAGCAAUUGCUAUCAAAUGUCAACUGCAUGUACAUGUAUAUAAAACAUGCAUUUACACAUCUGUAGGCCAUUAUUUUUCUUUUUUCCAUAAGCUGGGACAAAACUUUAGUGAUUUAAAAUGAAAUUUUAUGGGUUCCA